AUGGAAAGACUUACACCUGAAGAACGUUUAAAAACCGUUCAAUUUUAUUACGAAAAUUCACGUUCUGUGAAGAAUGUGUUUCAUGCACUUCGCUCAACAUAUGGUCAACAUAAUCAGCCUACUGAGCAUACUAUUCACAACACCAUCACCCAUUUUGAGACCCAGCAUUCAUUAUUGGAUAAUAUUCGACCGAAUAGACCACGUCUAGCACGCUGUGAAGAAAAUAUAGCGGCAGUAGCUCAGAGUGUACAGGAAGACCGCGGAGAGUCAAUUCGGUGCCGUUUGUAG